AUGCCGCCUAAGGCCCCGCUCACUAUAUCGGUUCCGCUCAAUAGUGCCCCUCAACGGACGGCCCCAGUAGCCGAUGCGCAGCGUCCCUUGGGAAGUGCGACAACGGUGAGGCCGAAUGCGCGCCCCAUUGGCAUGGGCAGGCACGCUGCGGGUGUACCGAGCGGAAGGAAUGAAAUGGAGAGCUAUUUUGAGCGUCUCUUGGCUCUGGGCCGCGUUAACGGUUUAGAUGCUAUGGGGGCCAAGGGUAUUGAGCAGCUCUGCGGGGACCUUUCUAUUACACUCAACUCAUUUGAGAUGUAUACGCUCAUCUGGAAGAUGGGCAUUACGCGGGGUGGAUGCAUUCCACGUGCGGAUUGGUUAACGACGAUGUACGCGUACAAAAUCAAGCAUCCAAUUGAUCUGAAGCUAAACUUAACAGAAUGGGUAAAAGAGGCGAGGGAGGAGGCGUUCAUAGAAUUCUACAAUGAGCUGUACGAUUACAUUCGUGGCGAGGAAGCACGUCUCAUGCCUGCUGAUAAUGCAAUAAAGGCGUGGGCAGUUCUGUUUGCACAUGAGCCGCGUAUCCGGUCUUGGAUUGAGUGGUACACCGUUGUACACAAACGCGAUGUGACACGCGAUGUGUGGCGGCAGCUGGCAGUCUUCUUUUCUACCGUACCCAAAAUCGAGGUGUACUCUGUGGAGGACAAGUGGCCCAGCGCCAUUGACAGCUAUGUGGAGUGGUGCGUCUCUUCUCAUUAA